AAAAUGUAUCGAAAAAAAAAUUCUAUCAUAGAAAUAGUGUAAUUAACUAGAAGAAAAAACAUAGAAAAAAAGAAACAAUGGCCAAGUGGCAGCAAGCUGCAAUUGAUCAACAGAGCAUAUUAAAUGAGAAAUUCGAACGGUGUCUUCAAAAAAUAUCAGACGAAAAUACACCAUAUGACGGUGAACUAUAUUGUCCCAUUACCUGGGAUGGUAUAUAUUGUUGGCCUAACGUACCAGCUGGUACUGUUCAUCAUAUUCCGUGUCCAAGUUAUAUUCACGGAUUUAAUGUUAGAGAAUUUGCCAGUCGUUAUUGUACAAUGGAGGGAAAUUGGUGGAGAAAGGACUAUACAAAUGAAACGUGGAGUAAUUACACUCAGUGCACUAUCCAUGAUCCAACAAUUUUAAAUGAAACUCUAGUGGAGCCACAUAUGGAAAAUAUUAAAUUAAUAUCGAAAGUAGGAUACUCAACUUCACUUGCUACACUUUUGGUAGCGUUUUUUAUACUUGCUUUUGUCAGGAAAUUGCGUUGUCCACGAAAUAAUCUUCACAUGCAACUUUUCAUGUCUUUUAUUAUGAGAUCCGUUAUGUUCUUACUAAAAGAUGCUUUAUUCGUAGAAGGUAUUGGUUUACGCUCCAAUGCUACGUUUACAGAUGAUGUUUUUGAUUAUACUGAAUCAAUAGCUAAUGUAGACUGCAAGAUUUUCACAAGUUUCUGGCAUUAUUUUUUGAUGGCUAAUUAUUGCUGGAUUUUAAUGGAAGGAUUAUAUCUUCAUAAUUUAGUUUUUCUCGCCAUGUUUACCGAUACAACUAGUAUACUUCGUUAUUUAAUACUCGGCUGGGGUUUACCGCUACUCUUUAUCAUUCCAUGGGUUGUUGUUAGAGCAACACUAGAAGAUACCUUAUGCUGGACGACCAACCAACAUUCAGCCUACUUUUGGAUAAUUCGUGCUCCCAUAACUGUAUCCAUCUUGGUGAAUUUUAUCUUCUUUAUUAAUAUCACUCGAGUACUCUUUAUGAAGAUGUUCGCUUCUCAUAAUUCACAAGCCAGAAAAUACCGUUACAGAAAAUGGUUUAAGUCUACUUUAGUUUUAGUACCAUUAUUUGGUAUUCAUUAUUCAAUUUUAUUAGUCAUGUCUUUAGUAGCUGAAGUUAAUAAAACUGUUGAAGUAAUUUGGUUAUAUACUGAUCAAUUAUUUUCUUCCUACCAAGGCUCUUUUGUUGCCUUUCUCUACUGUUUUCUGAACGGAGAAGUACAGACCGAAUUAAAAAAACUUUGGCAAAGGAACCUCACAACACAAAAUCUCCGUUCUCAUCAUUCAUUACUCAGUCAUUCUUUAACUUCGUACGUCAGUCGCGGUAGGAGUUCAGUACAGUCGUUUCAUUCCACAUCACUUCUGAACGUUAUAGUUCCCGAGAAACGUGACCCUUUUCGAAGUGUUAGUCCCGUUGUACCGGAUUGUAAAAGAAAUCAGGAUACAACACCUAGAAGACUUCCUCAUUUCGAAACCAAUCCUUGUUUUUCCUCAGACGAUACAAAAGCUAAUAACGAUUACAUGUUAGAAAUGGAAUCUCAACAACGUCAGUUAGUCAACGGUCACGUUACAAUGAGGAAUGCAUCAGAAAAUGAUCGCGCUGAGGAAAACGAUCGUUUACUAUUAACAGGAGAAAAUAAUGAAAAAGAAAGUGCUUUGUGAAUAAAUAUCAAAUUUAUUUGACUUAUAUAAUUUUAAAAUUUAUGAAAUGUGCCAAUAUAUUAAUAUAUAUCAUAUAGGAUUGUAUUCAUCAGAAAUGUUUUUUUCCCCCUCUCAUUUAUUUUUGUGGUAUAAUAAGUAUCGUGAGAUGUUGUCUGUGAAGCUUAAAUCAUUUAUAAUUUAUAUGUAUAUAUUUUUUUUUCAUGACAAUGUUGCCAUAAUAUCAUAAAU